AUGCUCCUCAACUCCACCAGGACUCUAUUGCUAACGUAUGGAAGACUGCUUUUUGCACCGGGGCGAGAAGGACGGCAAUCCCGCCUUGCGAAAGGUGUUUCUGCUUGGACCGUUGCUGCAGAAGGUGAAAAAGGGGGGCAGCUUUCCCCUGCACCGGAGAGUACUUCCUGUUGUGGGGCUGCAGAAGUCAACGAAAUCAAGGAAAGAGACACGAAGACCUGUCGGCAGGCGUCUAGCGCUGGCCACAACGACCUGGGGCUUCAGGAAAAGGAAAAAUCAAGCGGUGAUGAGUCAGCUUUUUCGUCACUCGGUCUCAAUGAGGAGAAGCGGAGGGCUCUCACACUUGUCCUUGAUGGAGCUCCGCUUUUCAUUGGUGGUGGUGCUGGUGUCGGUAAGUCAUAUAUGAUCCAGAGUAUUGUGACAGCGUUAAGGGCGAAGGACCUUGACGUUGUCGUAACGGCAUCUACCGGAAUAGCUGCACUCAACAUUGGGGGAAGCACUUUUCACAGCACAUUUGGAGUACGAGUUACCUCCGUUGGUAACAGUGAGACAAACGAAUCAUGUGCCGUCUCGAUCCUUCGCUACAGCAAGAGUCUUCUUGCCAAAGUGGACGUUAUUGUUGUGGAUGAAGUAUCGCUUUUACACGCUAGACAUUUGGAGGGGCUGGAUAUUGCCGCCCGCGGGGCACCUGGAAGGAUACCUCACCUUCCAUUUGGUGGCAUUCAAGUUAUAUUAUGCGGAGACUUCAUGCAACUAAUGCAUAGCACUGAGAAUUGUACUUCUCAAGAUGGCGGUGGUGAUGCAGGCAACAAAAUUGGUUACCGAGGGGACGAAACCACCGAGAAUACAGCAGGACAAAAUAGAAGCGACGUAAGCUCUACAGCUGCUGUCACAGACCAGGGACAUAUUAUGUCGGCGGUGAAAAAUAUUUGUGUAGGUGAGCGUCAGCGGACAAGCAGUGGUCUAAUCUUCGAGAGCCCUCUCUUCUUAACCUGUUUGCUUCACCUUCAACUUUGCGAAGUUAAGCGGCAUGGUGACACCGCAUUUCUGAAUGACCUCAACAAGCUCCGUCAAGGUGUUCUCACUCGUCGCAUGAUGCGGUCUGCGUUGGUUAAUCCGGAAGAUCCUAACGCCAUCCAACUCUAUCCCACCCGCCGAUCUGUGGCGGCGUUUAAUGAAAGUAAAAUGCUUGAACUUGACGGGGAGGAACAUCUAUUUCGGAGUAUAGUUGAGUCAGCCGGUCUUUCCGGCCCCAAAGGUCAUGCAUCGCCGAACAGUCGAGGAGCAAACAACGUCGACGGUUGUAAUGAUGUGGUGGUGUUGCACUUCCUAGAGAAGAUGAGGUCCUCCCGAAGAUGGCAACGGGAAGUGAAGAAGUUUGUGGGACAGAUAUGCACGCGGUGUGGCAUCUCCGGUAUAGCCACUUCUGUAGUAGCACCUCCUUAUAGUUCAAGACAACCCUAUCUGAAAGUCUACGUACACUUUUGUGUGAGUAAGCAGUACGAUUGUCUCUAUCCAGUGGCUAAAAUGAAAGCAGAAUGGGAGCGUAGUUAUUACGGUACCACGCCCGAAAGUAAAUCCGCUCGAAGGUUUUUUGGUAGGGUGCUGUUUGAAGUGAAACAUAAGAACUCCCUCAGUACUUUUCUGCGCGCCUCCCUGAAGCAGGCAUACUCGAAGGUGAUAGAGAGUGAUAAUGUACUCCAAAGCAAGAGACUAAAGGUCGGUUGUAGGGUAAUACUACUGCGAAACUUAAGCAAUGAGUACGUUAACGGCUCUACCGGUACCGUCAUCGGCUUUCAACCUGUAAAUAAAUCUCGGCAUUUAUUUCCCAAAGGUAUCAGAACCCAACUUUCGCGGAAAGUGUACGCCUCUCUUUCACGGAGACCAGUGGUUAGUAGUGACAGUUCGGCCGGGUCAUCAGAAAAUUCAUACGGCGGCAAUGGGAAGGAACAGGCGCUUGACGUUGUCAACUAUGACGACGUUAUUGUUCCCAUUGUGCGGAUGGACGCUGACGGAAAGGAUGUGGCUAUACCUUGGUUAUCCCUUCCGCUACCGGAUCUGCAAGACCGAGUGUUUUGUACUGCACGUGUCGUCACAAUGCCCCUCGUACCUGCCUAUGCAUUUACUGUACACAAGACGCAAGGACUCACUCUGGAUCAUUCUAUACUGCUAGACUGCAAGGGGUUCUUUCCCUGUAACCAUAUCAUUUAUGUUGCUGCGAGUCGCGUGAAGAAGUUCUCUCAAUUGCGCAUGAUAAAUGUCUCCCCCCGUAUGGUAACUGUUCAUCCCGGGGCACUGCAUUUCUCCUCGUCACUUCCCAACGUUGCGGAGGCUGAGACAAAGUGGAAGAAGUGGAAAGAAUUACAACGCAUGGUUAAUAAUGGCAAAGCCCUUUCGGCGUCUAACCCAUCCGUCUUGGAGCUUGCACUGUACUGUGCGACGUGGAAACACCACAAGUGA